UCUUACAUAUUUAAUUAGCAUAUAUUAUUUAAAUCCGGAAGUUUAAAUUAAUUCAAUAUGGAGCAGGAGAACGUUUUGAAUGUUAUUAUUAAUAACAAUAACAUACUUACUCUUCUGUUAGAUGAAGAAAAUAAAAACAACAUUAUUUUUUCUGAUCUGGUAAAGACAAAAAAAAAUCCUACCAAUAAAAUAUUUAAAAAUUGUGCUUCUGAGGGAUUUUUUGAAAUAUUAAUCAACAGACAUUUAAAGAAUAAUGAAAUUAAAUUUCGUGAUUUUUUUUCGAAUUAAUCAUGAUCAGUUUGAGUUUCUGUUAUUGUUGGUGGAAAAAGAGUUGACUGUACAGCCUAGCAAUGGAGUGAGGAAACCAAUUUCACCGGCAGAAAAAUUAGCUGUAACUUUGAGAUAUCUUGCAACUGGCGAGUCCUUAAGAUCGCUAUCAUUCGCAUUUCGUAUAAGUCAUUGUUACUUAUCUAAUAUAAUAAAAAAUACGCUGAACAUUUUGAAAAUUAAAUUAGUGCCACUUUUUUUAAAAAACGCCCAUACCAUUGAUUUUAAACAAGCUGCAACAGAAUUUGCUUAUAAAUGGAAUUUUCCUAAUUGUAUCGCCGCUAUUGACGGAAAACAUAUUCGUAUUCGAAGUCCGGGUAACUCAGGGUCAUUAUUCCACAAUUACAAAGACUUUUUUUCCAUUGUUCUUCUAGCGAUGGUGGAUGCAAAUUAUAAAUUUAUUGCUGUUGAUGUUGGAUCCUUUGGAAAAUAAGGAGAUAGUGGAAUAUUUUUGAAAUCCAACAUAGGACAACAAGUUUUAAAUGGCUCAUUCGGAUUUCCGGAGCCUUGUAAACUUCCUGGAUCAGAUAAGAUAGUGCCUUAUGUAAUAUUAGGCGAUGAAGCUUUUCGUUUGCACAAACUUAUA